AUGAUAGUGAUGGAUUUUGCUUCCUUCAUUCUGCCCACAGCUUUGAGUUACUCGUCUGAAAGACCCUUUGAAUCGCUUCAAAUACUUACUCCAGUUUUGUUCAGAGUUGAGACUCCUAAGCCGACACAAGCAUCGAUAUUCGUACCUCUUUUGCUACCUUGUCAUCCACGCAUCAACAAGUGA